GUGCUGUACACAGGCUUGAAGCGGCCCAGCGCUGCAGCCCCAACUUGUUUUCUUUACUUUGCUCCCAACGAAUAAGCUCAGCAACACAAAGUUGUCAGGAUGAGCACACACGAUCAUAACACAAUUCAAAAAGUAGUUUACGGCCUGUUUGAUGGCAAGGGCGACCCCACCAUUCUGGACUACAUCUGUGGUGUUUUGGAGGAUGAGCACUUCGAGUUCGGGGAGGAUGGCGAAGAGGCGUUUGAGCAGAUUGGGCCUUUCCUGAUCGAUGGGCAUUGCGUGCGCAGCGAGCAGGAGGCUCGCGACGCCUGCAAGGCCCUGGCGGGCAAGCUGUCGGUGCGGGCGCAGGCUGCGGCUUCCGCCACAACGCACCGCGCGCUAGGCACCGGGCCGGUACAGCUGGCGAAGGCGGACGAUCGAGCCAUCUUGUAUCAGGAGCAGUCGUACCGCCACCUCAUUCAGACGCCCUUUGGUGACGAGGCCAAGCCGCCGCCGCUGACGGAGAAGGAGAAGGCCAAGCUGGACAAGCGCACAGCCAAAGAGGAGGAGGCGCAGCGCAAGGUGCUUGCUGCUCACCAGGCCCGCGCCGCCCACAGCCUGCAGGGCGACACGCCCACCAUCAUCCGCAACCAGGGCGGCGGCGGCUCGCGCGACGUGCACCUGGAGAACUUCUCGCUCAGCAACGGCGGCAAGGAGCUGGUCAGCGACGCCACAGUCAUGCUGGCCUUUGGGCGGCGCUACGGACUCAUCGGCCGCAACGGCACGGGCAAGACCACGCUGCUUCGCGCGCUGGCAGGCCACGAGAUCAAGGGCCUGCCCCCCAACUGCCAGGUGCUGCAUGUGGAGCAGGAAGUGGUGGGCGACGACACGCCCGUCAUUGAGGCGGUGCUGGCGUGCGAUGUGGAGCGAACACAGCUGCUCAGGGAGGAGGCGGAGCUCCUAAAGGCGCUCAACCGUGAGCGGCCAAAGGACGGCGGCGCCGCGGACGCAGCCGCCGCCGCCGCCGCCACAGCCGCCGCCAAGGCCUCCGGGGCAUCGGCAGAGGCCCCGGCUGCUGUUGCUGCUGCUGACGUGGCGGCGGGCAAGGACGAGGCGACCAUGGCGGCGCGGCUAAAUGUGGUGUACAGCCGGUUGCAGGAGAUUGACGCGUACGGCGCGGAGGCCCGCGCGGCCAUGAUCCUGGCGGGUCUGUCCUUUGACGAGCCCAUGAUGCGCCGAGCCACGCGCACCUUCAGCGGCGGCUGGCGGAUGCGCGUGGCGCUGGCGCGUGCGCUGUUCGUGGAGCCCGACCUGCUGCUGCUGGACGAGCCCACCAACCACCUGGACCUGCACGCGGUGCUGUGGCUUGAGGACUACCUGGUGCGCUGGCCCAAGACGCUGCUGGUGGUGUCGCACGCGCGCGAGUUCCUCAACGUGGUAGCCACCGACAUCCUGCACCUGCACUCGCAGAAGAUCAUCACCUACAAGGGCAACUACAGCACCUUUGAGAAGACCAUGACCGAGCGCCUGAAGAACGCCAAGAAGGCCGCGGAGGCGCAGGACGCCAAACGCAAGCACGUGCAGGCCUUCAUCGACCGCUUCAGGUACAACGCCAACCGUGCGGCGCUGGUGCAGUCGCGCAUCAAGGCCCUGGAGCGCAUGGCCGAGGUGGAGGUCAUGGAGGAGGACCCGGAGUACAUCUUCAGCUUCCCCGAGCCCGAGGGCAGUGCCGCGCCGCCCAUCAUCGCCUUCAACGACGUCGACUUUGGCUACCCGGGCGGCCCCACCCUGUUCAAGAAGCUCAACUUCGGACUGGACCUGGAGAGCCGCUUCGCCAUCGUGGGCCCCAACGGCAUCGGCAAAUCCACGCUGCUGAACCUCAUCAGCGGCAAGCUGCAGCCAACCAGCGGGUCCAUCACACGAAACACGCGGGUGCGCCUGGCCACCUUCAACCAGCACCACGUGGACGGACUGGACCUGGCGCUCACACCGCUGCAGAUCAUGGCCCGCUUCUUCCCCGACGCCAAGGAGCCCGAGCUGCGCGGACACCUGUCCAGCUUCGGAGUGCCAGCCACACUGGCGGGCCAGGCCAUGUACACGCUGUCGGGCGGCCAGAAGUCGCGUGUGGCGUUCGCCAAGAUGACCUUCACCAAGCCCCACAUACUGCUGCUGGACGAGCCCUCCAACCACCUGGACAUCGAUGCGGUCAAUGCGCUCAUCCAGGGCCUGGCCACGUUCAAGGGCGGCGUGCUCAUGGUGUCGCACGACCAGUUCCUGAUCGAGAGCACGGUGGACGAGCUGUGGAUGUGCGAGGGCGGCAUGGUCACGCCCUUCCACGGCUCAUUCGACGAGUACAAGGCGCGCCUGCGGGCCAAGGCGCACGUGGCGGGGCCCGCAACCGCCUAGGCAGUUGGGGAGGGGGAGGGAGGCAGGGGGUGGAGGGAGGCAGGCGGGAAGGGGGCCGGGCGGGAGGCGGACGGGAGGCAGACUGGGGGGGGCGGGGGGGGGGGAGGCAGACGGCCUGGGUGGAGGCAGGGGCGUGCGGCAGGCUGCAUGUGUGUGUACGCGCGGCAGGCGUGUGUGUUUGUGGGGGCGGGGGCGAUGUAGCCCCCCAUGGGGUGAAGUGGCGGCACGGGCGACGCGGCAGUGGGCGCGAAUGAAGCCGGUGCUUACAGCUAGGCUAGGGGAUGCCAGCUAGUGAGCUAGGCACGGAAGAGAUGGCAGGGCGGUGUCGCCGGCGGCGGGUGCAUGCACGGAAAGCCGUUGCUGCUUUGCCGGAAGCGGCUGAAUGGAACUAGUCGUUUGGUGGACGGCGGCAGCCUGGCAGGUGCACAGCAGGUGAUCAGGACGAGCAGGCUGUGUGGGCAGGCGAUUCGCCGUACGGGCGUACGGCCGCAGGGCCGCAGGGCCUGCACAGGCGGCUGCUUGUGGCGGCCAACAGGGGGCCAGGGGGGCGCCGGGCUUGGGGCGUUGGGCGCUUGGCCCGAGGAGGCGAGGAAUGGCGGGACCAAGAUUGCGGAAUUCAACACCGGUCAGACCCUUUGUGUCCGAUC